UCAAGUGAAAGACUCUUACAAGUGCAGAGACUAGAACAACACACAAGGUCUUGGUCUGAACAGUUCUAAUUAGAUGUUUGGAAACAAAGUGGUCACCCAAAGAUGAAGUGGAUAGUACUUUCUUUUGUAUAUAUGUUAAGUGGGGUUUAUGGUUUUUUUCUCAAUAAUACUAAUAAUGGUACUGCAGAUGGGCAUAUACCUGUUGAUAACAGUAGCAUCAGCACAAAUAAUAUUACUGGCAAUAGCAUACGACUGAAAACAAAUUACUUUGAAGGACUAGUUAGAAGUAUAAAACUCCCUCAGCCAACAGUGAAGGCACCUGAAGAGGCAAAGGCAGAUGAAGCCACCACCAGAUUGAAACAUGCAAAGGAACAAGUGACAAUUCAGAAUGGAGCCAAGGGGGUGCCUAGUGGAAACAAACUUUCCAGACAGACCUACAGCAAGAUCAGCAUCAGCAAACCCAGCUUUGAGACGACAAGGGGAAAAAACUGGUGUGCAUAUGUCCACACAAGGCUCUCACCAACAGUAGUGAUGGACAAUGUGGAAUCAUAUGUGACCAUGUCCACAGACCCAUGUUCCUGGAACACUGGGGGUUGCCCGGUCAGAUAUCAGAUGAUGAAUCGCCCUGCCUAUCGAAUGAAACACAAAAUAGUCACCUCUUUAGAGUGGAAGUGCUGCCCUGGUUACAUUGGAUCCAAGUGCGAACCUAAAGCCCAGCAGUCACAGACCCCAGUAUCAGAGAGUCAAGCUGAGAGUGAUACCGCUGUUAGUGAAGGACCAGCUGCAGACCAGCAGACCACAGACCCAGCAUUGACUCAGAAGAUGACUGAUCAGAUAUACAGCCAGGAAAUGAAGCUCACAAUUUUGCAGAAGAAAAUUGAUAGCAUCUCCACUAACAUGAGUGACAUAAGAAGCAUGUUGUUCUCUUUGGAAGGAAAAAUUAAUGAAGAAAGGGGGAAAGAUCCACAGUCAACACUGAAAGAUUUUAAGACAAAGGGGAUCAGUGACCUUGUGAAGGAAAUUGUACAGGAGCAACUCAAAGUAUAUCAAGAUAGCACACAAGAGACCGUUGCCCAGUUAUUUAAGACUGUAUCAAUUUUGACUGAAGAGCUUGAGACCACAAAAGAAACAGUUCAUAGAUUAAAUAAAACAAUGUCUUCAGUAUCAACAAACUACAUGCCCCUUCUAAAAAAUAACAAUCAAACAAAGACUAAUAUCCAAAAUAUACAAAAUGGGAUGACAACUUUGAGAGAGGAAGUCUUCAGUACUUGUGAUAGUAUAACUAAGGAACUAAUAGAAAAACAAAAAUCUCUAGAAGAGGAAUUUGAACUUGAACGAGAAAAGAACAAUGUUUACUAUGAAACUAUAAACCACACCCUUUCUCAAAUGAGGGAGAUCCAUGAACAACUCCAGUCUGGAGAGCAACUUGAAAGCCCAACAGUCCCUCAGAACGAUAAUGUUACUGAACACGUUUCACUUCUGAGUGAGACUGUCAAAAAGCAAUCACUGGUAAUUCUACAGCUACACGAUGAAUUAUCUGCACAAAAUAUAAAGAUCAGCAAUCUUACACUUGCAGAUAGGCACCAGAGAGAGCUUGCAAAGACUACCUGUGAACUACAGAACCAGAUGGAGAAGAUGGAAGACCAUAUGAAUAUUUUAAAUAAAACUGUAUGCGACACCAUCAUGCCCAUGGAUGAUAUGUUCAGCGUGAUGGAAGAGAGGAUCAGUCAUAUGUCCUAUGAUCUUGAAGAACUCAAACCCUUUAUAGAAAAAGAGACAUUUCAAAAAGACGAUCCAAGUAGUGAGCUCAAUUCUGAACUUUUAACCAUGAAGAAACAAAUUGACAGCCUUAAAUCUACUGUAAACAAGCUGAAUUUGAAAACCCAGUACUUAAUGAAAAGCCAAGAUGAACUUGGCAAUCUAACCAGAGAAAAAGAGGCACAGUUUGAUAAACAUCUUGAUAGAUGUCGCAUGGAAAUAGAAGAUGGUCUUAAUGACACUAUGACUGUUAUUAAUGAUGCCAUUGAUUCCGUUAAGGAUAACUAUUAUGUUCUUCAGAAUGAUGUGGCUAGUAUACAUAGUUAUGUUAAUGUGACCCAUCAUGACAUCACUGAAAAAGUAGAGACUGUAUUGGGUAAAAUACCUCAGUUUGUUCAAAUGAAUUACCCCUUAAAGGCCAUACAAGAUAAAACAGACAUGCUAGAUAACACACUGCGAGCAAUUGGCAUUUUUUCAGAUCAGCUAUUAAAAGAUUCUGAAAAUAAUAGACCUCCAAACCUUGUGAAAGUUUCCCAGCAAUUAAAUGAAGCAGUAUCUAUAAUUGAAGACCACCAACAAGCAAUUAAACGUUUAGAAGAAAAACCCUCCAGCUCUUCUCAGGACCUUAAAACCAUCAAAUUACGUCUCCAGAGCGUUGAAUCCAGACUAAACUUGCUAAUUGCAAAAUCUCAAAAAUCUAAAUUAUCACCAGAAGAAAAAAACGCAUUACCUCCUACAAAAUACCAAGAGCUGAAUAACAAAGUAAAAGAACUUGUAGCUCAAUCUUUAAACCAAACCAAUGAUAUUUUAUCUUUAAAGGCAACUGUCUCAAAAGCUUGGGUUUUAUGUCAAAAUGUGUCCAGUUCACAUGAAAUGAUGCAAGCCAGUGGUCCUCUGCUUUCUAAAGAAGACCAACUAAACAUCACAGUUUUGCAUGAGAGGCUUAAAGAAUUACUCAACCCAACCCAUGAAGCCACCAGCAGAUUAAUAUUAGCCAACAUUACACUCUACGUGGAAACUGCCAUCUCCAGCAUUUUCAAGGAUGUCACAAAACUCCAAAAACAAAUGAGGCAGCUCUCAAAGAAGCAAGAAACAGCUUUAAAACUAACACUGAAUGCUACCACUACUCUACCGAACCGGAGUCAGCGAAAUACCGAAAAUGCAAUAGUUUCAGCAGAGUAUAACAGCUGCAGCAGUUCUCCCUGCCAGAACGGGGGUACCUGUAUUAAUGAAAGAAGUGCUCAUGUAUGUGCAUGCCGCCCUCCCUUUGGUGGUGUCAACUGUUCCAUCAAGUUAGUGAAUGAAAGCAAUCUGUCUACUGAUUUUUCGAAAGGAUCCUACAGGUACGCUCCGAUGGUAACUUUCUUUGUUGCACACACCUUUGAAAUGAAAGAUUCUGGCAUAAUCAAAUUCAACCAUCUCUAUGUAAACUAUGGAGCAUCUUAUUCACCGGGAAGUGGAAAGUUUGUGAUUCCUUACCUGGGGGUGUAUGUCUUCAAAUACACCAUUGAAUCCAGCAGCCCACAGGUCGCUGGGUACCUGGUUGUUGAUGAAGUGGACAAGCUGGCUUUCCAGUCUGAAGCUGCCACGACUGCAGUGUAUUCCAGCAGUCUAAUAACUGGGGAUGCUAUGCUUGAGCUAAAUUAUGGGCAAAAGGUUUGGUUAAGGUUGGAGAAAGGGUCAAUUCCCUCAAAGUACCCUCCAGUUACGACAUUUGGUGGUUAUCUGUUAUACCGUACAUAGUACUCUGCUACACAGACAGUAUACUAGUAACUGUCUUGUCACUUAGUCUGAUUCAUUAAACAGUAUAGUAAAUCUGAUGUGUACUGACUUUUCAGAAUUAGGCGACACAUAAAAACACUGUUAAAUAUAUUGCAUGUUAUUUUGCGUUAGAAUCCAAUGUUUGUUUCUAUUUCCAUCACUAAACUAGGUUGCCCCAGUUGUGACAGCUUGGUUCUGUAGUAGGGAAUUCUAUUCUAUUAAAAAAACUCACUUGGGACUAAUGGUGUGAAAAAUCUUUUCCAAACCGAAACAAAGGAUGUCACCUGUCAGAGAUAAUUUUGUGAUGUAAUAAAUGUGGAGACAUAACAAAUGAAUACACAAUCUACAUAGCAUUUAGGAAAGAUGCAGAUGGCAGGAAUCCAAGUCAAAGUGUACAUUAUUAAUUUAACUUUCUAUUGUAGGGAGGGUUAAAAAAUACUCCAGUGUUUCUCGGUGUAAAAUCUCAAAUAAAAAUGAUUGGUCAGUGAUAUUCAGGUGCUUUCCUGUCUUUAUCUUUUGCAAUUAAUUUUAUUUAUACCCAGUCAGUUCAGCUGACAGUUGGAACUUUCCAACAGCAGAUGUUUAUCUAAUCAGACCAUCCUUUCAUCCAUUGGAACAAAAUGUAUUUUUUACUCCAAAAGAAAAUGCAUUUCACAAAUGUAUGAUUGUCUAGUUAUUUGAAUGCUCUUUAAUCUUGCCUGUAAAUAAAAAGUUUAGAACAGUGGUCCUUAUAAUAUGGCAUGCUGGCCAUAUGCAGGUCCCUGAUAAACUGUGGACUUGAUGUAUGUGAUUACAUGUUCAGUGUUUCAUGUGUCUUUGUAAAGACAGUUGUUCGACCUAACUUAAAGAGCCAACACUAUAGUGUACAGCUACUGGAGAUAAAGUUUACUUUUAUAUUGCAGGCAAUGCUCAGUAGCUGUGGACUAGACAGCAGUGGCUCUUACUAUUUUAAAGACACUUUCAAAUCUAGCCUGUCUUAUAGGUGUCUGUGGCAGGAAAGUAAACCUCAAUCUUCUGAACUCAGGCUAAACACUUUAACAAGGAUAUAAGAACAGUUUUUGUUCUUUUGUUUUGUUUUUUAGACAAUUACAUUUGAAACAUUAUUUUUCUACUAAAAAAACAUUGUUGCAGAAUCUAAAAAAUAAAUUGACCUUUUUUCAAGUAGGUGUUUUAAAUACAACAUUACGUACUUUUAGCAAACUAGUACAGUGUGAUAUAGAAAAAAACUAUUAUAAAUUGUACUCCUAAAUACUCGAAUGCAAGUCAAGUAGAGAGAAAAACUAUUGGGGAACGUAAAGAUAAUAACAUAAUAAAACAUGCAGGUAAAGGAGACUCCAUGGUGAUGAAGCUAAAGCUUUAAGAAUUAAAUAAUACAGGUAUUUAUGAGCCUCUGCCUAGUGAGCCAAUCUUACGAUUAAAAAACGGGAAGGAUGUGAUUUUGGAUCUAAAGUAAUCUGAUCACAUAUAUCGCUAAUGAUAUUAAAAGAAUAGUCUCAAAACACUGGAGGAUAUUGGAAUGCGAUCCUCAACUUCGGCCUGUCGUUACCUCGCCACGUAGAUUUUGUUUUAGAUGUUGCAGGAAUAUUAAGGAUGAGUUAGUCGCUUCUAUGUAUACGUCAAUACAAUCUAAUGACGACUGUCUUACUAAAACAGAACAUGGUAGCUUUCAGUGUGGAAGAUGUGCUCAUUGAUCUAACAUGCACAAUACCAAAUAUUUUAAUCAUUCUCACUCAUAAAGACAUGAUACAAUGUUUUAUCAAUUGUAAUACAACCCAUGGGGUAUAUAUGUGCUUAAAUGCUCUUGUGGCUUAGUUUAUGUAAGACAAACAAAAAUACAUUUAAAAAAUACAUAUAGCAGAACAUAAAGUUACAAUAUGAAAUAACAUGGAUUAUGCAAUAGCGAGACACUGUAAAUCCAAGUGUUAAAUUCAUAGGACUCAAAAAGUUUCAGUUUCUGAGAGAGGUGGUAAUACAAUUAAUCUGCUAAUGAGAAGUCAUUCUGGGUUUAUACUGGAAAUAUAUAAAAUCUAUGGAACCACAUGGACUUAAGGAAACAUUAGCUCUCAAUCCAUAUGUUAAAUGCUUUAAAAAUUAGAUAUGCCAACUUGAGUCUUCAGGUAGCCAGGGUUGAGAAUCAUGUUCCAGUGUCUUCCAAUUUUUAGUAUUGAAUAACUGUUUAAAUUAACUAUGUAACAUGAUGUGUAACGUACAGCAGAAUAUAAUUUCAGUGUUUUAAUAUAUCAGUGCUUGAGUUUAAUUAUUGUAUAAUUACACUAUGUAUGGAUUAACAAUCAAUUAUAAAACCAUUUUCAAUUAAUGAAUGCUAUGGUAGGUGAAAAUUGUCACCUGUAACUAAAUAAUGUCUAUGGCUAUUAUUCAAUUAAUGAUUAACUAUUGGAUUGAUUGGUGUACUUUAUAUAUGAUAAAGCUGGGUUUUUAAAUUGACAAUCGCUGUAACACCUGAUGAAGACACACUCUGUGUUGAAACGCAUUGUGCAUGUUUCUUGUUUUUUUUCAAUAAAUAAUAAAAUGUUUUUAAAACAAAA